UAAAAUGGCAAAGCUGGAGGAGCUGGAGGAGGUGGAUCUGAGUGGAAACAUGCUGAAGACUGUGCCCACCACCAUAAUGAAUUGCCGGCGAAUGCACACACUCAUCGCCCACUCCAACGCCAUCGAGGUCUUUCCUGAGGUCAUGCAGCUGAUGGAGAUGAAAUGUGUGGAUCUGAGCUGUAAUGAGCUGAGUGAGAUCACGCUGCCAGAGAAUCUGCCUCCCAAGCUUCAGGAGCUCGACCUGACUGGAAACCCUCGUCUCAACCUGGACCAUAAGACCCUCGAGCAGCUAAAUAAUAUCCGCUGCUUCCGUAUCGAUCCGCCCCCGACCUUUUCGUCGAGCGAGGCAUCUGGUGGGCCUGCUGUGUGGAGUCAUGGUUACACAGAGGCCUCGGGCGUCAAGAACAAACUGUGUGUUGCAGCUCUUUCUGUAAACAGUUUCUGCGGGAGUCGUGAGGCUCUGUAUGGUGUGUUUGACGGCGACAGGAACGUAGAGGUGCCCUACUUGUUACAGUGCACAAUGAACGACGUGUUGGCGGAAGAACUACAUAAGACCAAGAGUGAGGAGGACUACAUGACCAACACCUUCCUCGUCAUGCAACGAAAACUGGGAACAGCAGGGCAGAAACUGGGUGGUUCAGCAGCUCUGUGUCACAUUCGCCAUGACCCCACCGACCCCGGGGGCUGCUUCACCCUCACAGCUGCUAACGUGGGCAAGUGCCAGGCCAUCCUGUGCCGAGAUGGAAAGCCGCUGUCGCUGUCACUGCUUCAAAAUGUGGGGCUGGAGGAGGAAUACCACAGGAUCAGGCAGCACAGGGCUAUCAUCACAGAGGACAACAAGGUGAAUGGCGUGACUGACUCUACCCGAAUCAUGGGCUACUCCUUCCUCUACCCAUCCGUCAUCCCUUGUCCCUACGUGCAGACAGUCACUCUCACACCCCAGGAUGAGUUCUUCAUUCUGGGUAGCAGGGGUCUAUGGGAUGCUGUGUCUCCCAUCGAGGCUGUGGAGGCUGUUCGAAACGUCCCUGAUGGCCUGGCAGCUGCUAAGAAGCUGUGCACGCUUGCACAAGGCUACGGCUGCACAGACAGCCUCAGCGCUGUUGUGGUCCAACUCAGUGUGAGCGAAGACUGCUGCUCCUGCUGCUGCUCUGAGCCUCCCCAGCCUCCUCCUAGCCCCGGCUUGGGCCCCUAUCCCCCGUCGUCCUCUGCCAUCAAGGAGCGACCCUCAGACGGCUCCCUCCCUGUGCCGCCGUCCUCCUGCAGUGAAAUCAGCAGUGAGAUCAGUACCAGCGAGAUGAGCAGCGAGGUGGGCUCCACAGCUUCAUCUGACGAGCCACCGCAGAGCUCCUUGGUGCUGCUGCACGAGCAGCCCCAUCAUCCACAUCUCCACCUGCACCAUCAGGCCCACCCGCUGUCCCUACAGCACCAGCAGGCCCACGCAACCACCCAGCCCUGCCAGUACCUCUUCCCAGGUUCGGAGCUUCCCUCUGCCCGCAGCUGCUGUGCCCUACAUCCUGCCUGCUUAGCGGGCUCCUUUCAGAGGCAGCUGUCUAGCGCCACCUUCUCCAGCGCCCUGUCUGACAACGGGUUGGACAGUGAGGACGAGGAGCCCAUCGCUGGUGUUUUCUCUAACGGGAGCCGCGUGGAAGUAGAGGCGGAUGUCCACUGCCUCAAAGCAGAGUCCUCCUCAUCACCUCAAACAUCAUUACCCCCAUCCUCCAGCCAGGAGCGAACCCUGCUGACGCUGCCCCCACCGCCUCCACCUCCAUGCACCCCAGAGCCACUGGAGGAAGGAGUCGACAUGAGUCUGGGUGAGGCUGAGAACGGGCUGGAUAGAGAUGAGUCCUGGCCGGGAGUCGGAGCAGGAGGUGGGGACGGAGGAAAGUUGGCAGGCAAGAGGAGGGUUAAUGGGUCAGUGGCACGUCAGGAAAAGAGUCACAACCUCAUUGAGGUGGCUGCUGAUGCUCCCUCGAAAAAGUCCGGGGGUUACUUCACAGCUCCGGCCCAGCCUGACCCUGAUGACCAGUUCAUCAUCCCGCCUGAGCUGGAGGAGGAGGUAAAGGAAAUCAUGAAGCAGCAUCAGCAGAAACAACAGAAGCCGUCUGGGAGCGAUCAGCCCACGGACUACUACGACACCCCUCUCUGAACGACACCGCCACUGACUACAGCCUCAUCUCCCUCCCAGCUGCAGCAUGCACAGAAGCCUACUGUACCAUCGACCUAACCAGUCGGAUUUCCUAACAAAUGGACAGUUUUCUCAAGAGGCUACAAAAUGCACAUGAAAAAGUUGUGUCCUAGUUUUUAUAAACGGCCUUUGUCGCUCUGCACAGCCUCAUCAUUGAAGAACCAUGCACUGUAAUGUGAUCCACCCAUUUUUACCCAAGCAACUCAUAGAAUUAAACAAGCAAAUGAGCCCUUUAAUGAUACUCUACCCUCUUGUACAGGCUGUGGACACAGCUCCUGGUGUCCAUGGUCAUGUCCUUCUCACAGACUGUGGAACGUUGUUUUUACAUUAGACAACCAGCCGAGUAUGUAAUCAACACUAGUCUCUUUGCAAUAGCAUUAGCUCGCCACAACACUUGUUAAUAUGGAUAACAAUUCCAUGGUUUGUUUGUUUGUUUUGUAAGAACUUACCAUAUCUUUUAAUGUGAAAGCAGUAAAGUUGCUGAAAGAACUUUUUAAAAACAAACAACACAUAAUCUUUUUAUUAUCAGUGAACUAUGUCGAAUGGUACACCAGUAAUACCACACUUAACUGUUGUAGAUAGGGCACUUAAAAUACUGUAUUUCUUCAGUAAAUCAUGGCUCUUGGCCUGUAAAAUGGCAUAGAAAUUUUUUGUAGAAAUUUUAAAUACUAACUCCUAGGAGUUGCAUAUUCUAUAUGGUGACUCAGUCACUUUUACUAAUCUUCUCUGAGAGAAAUGGUGAUUUUUUUUUCCAAUUAUUGUAAAUAAGAGAAAUGUUGUAUACUGAUGCUUUUAAAGGAACUACGUACCUGUAUGUCGGUGAAGGUUUUAGUGGUGGGGAGGCGUGAGGUUCAACAAGAGUUUGCUGUUAUGGAGGUGUCACCCCCCCCUUUCCCUUUUUAUCUUACAACGUAGACCCCCCCACACACACUCACACAAACAGACACACACAUUCAAAUGUAUAUGUGAAAUUGCAGGUCGGAAACCCCCAACAUUCCAUGCAAUAUAACUACACAAAUUUGCCAUGGUUUGCUCCACUUUGUCUGAUUGUGAUGUCCUGUAGUCAUCACUGUAUCUAAUGAACACUAAUGGACAGAUCUUUGCAUGCACACUUGCAUGCACACACCUACAUACACACACACACACACACACACACACACACACACACACACAAACAUGGACACUUACAAGUAAUAUUAGUCCCACCUCCCUCCUACAGUAACUGUUAUCACCGGCAUGACUGUGUCAAGUUCAGUAAUACAAACAAAUAUAUCCACAUGGAAAAGAGACAACACAGAUGUUCCUGUCUUUGGUAUAAUAAAUUUUAAAUUUGUGAAUAUA